UUAUUCUGCACUUUGCUAGAGGUGCAGGCACUAGUCCCGGACGUGAUUUGAGGCAUACCAAAAUGGACGGUGCUCAAAAAGAUCGGAAAAUCGACGUGGAUUUUGCUGUACCUGACACUGAACCAAAGCCUCAUGUAGAACUAGAUGAUAUUCUAGUACAAGAGAUUGGUCAGUUUGGAAAGUAUCAAUUGCGGUCGUUUUUGCUAUCCGUGGUAUUGGUCCUUUUUGUCGCAUGGAGUGCUGUGGAAUACGUGUUUACAACUGCCAGAAUAAAUACCAGAUGUCUGAUCCCAGAAUGUGAAAAUGACCCAACAGACUUCUCUCCAUACUGGUUAGCAAAUGCAGUACCGGCAGGAUCCAGUUCAGGAUCUUUCGACAAUUGCCAGCGUUUUGCCAACACAUCAGCUGCUUUGAGAAUAGUUGAAAGUGCCACUUGUCCUAGCAAUCUCUUCAAUAGGGAUAACCUACAGCCUUGUGAUGAAUUUGUGUAUGAGAACACGCACUCUGUUGCAUAUGACUAUGGCCUGGCUUGUGACGAAUGGAGGCGUUCCCUCAUCGGCACAGUUCGUACAUUUGGUACCCUUACUGCAUUGCCCAUCACUGGGUUUGUAUCAGACCGAUGGGGUCGAAGGGUUGCUCUCACCAUCAAUGCCUUCAACACAGCCUGGCUAGGAGUGACCAGGUACUGGGCUGAUACCUAUCUUGGUUUUAUGUUCUCCGAGUUCUUUGAGGCUACUUUCGGAUCUGGUGGAUUCUCGUGUGUUUAUAUUUUGAUGAUGGAGUUGGUUGGCCCAAAAUUCAGAGUGGCUGCAGGAGCAGCGAUGAAUACCUGCUUCGCGUUAGGACAAGUAACGAUGGGUCUGAUUGCAUGGGGCGUUCCCAACUGGAGAAACCUUACACUUGCACUAUACAUCCCUCAAUUCCUCACCAUCUUUUAUUACUGGCUCAUCAGCGAGUCUAUACGUUGGUACAUGAGCAAAGGACGAUUCGAUGAGUCCGAAGCACUGCUCAGAAAGGUGGCUCAGGUCAACGGGAAACCGAUAUCUGAGAAGUCAUUGGAAGCUUUGCGCCAUACUGCGCAAGAGAAGUUGAGAAUCAGCGCGGUGGAGGCAGAGAAACGCGGCAGUGAACCAUGGCUGAUUGUCCAGGUGUUCCAACACAAGCCUAUAUUAAUACGUUGCCUGAUCUCGCCCAUUUGGUGGAUCACAACCACGUUCAUUUAUUACGGACUCUCUUUAAACGCGGUUAACAUGUCUGGAAACAGAUACUUGAACUAUAUUGCUGUGGCAGCAGUAGAAAUCCCUGGCUUUUGGAUCUCAUAUUUCUUAUUGGAUAGAAUUGGAAGAAAGCCGGUAUUGACAGGAGCUUUUUGGUUAUGUGCUGCCUGUCAGAUUGCAUACAUUUUUAUUCCUACGGAUCUUUACGCAGUGUCCCUAACAGUAUACCUGAUUGCGAAAUGUUCUAUUGCAAUGGUGAUGACAGCAGUGUACGUCUAUACGAAUGAACUGUACCCUACAAGAUACAGACACAGCUUAUUUGCGUACUCCUCCAUGAUGGGAAGGAUCGGAUCUAUGGUCGCACCGCUAACUCCUGCUUUUGGUGCACAAUGGUUUGAGGAGUUGCCGUUCGUGCUAUUUGGCACCUUUGCGUUAGUGUCUGGGAUACUGAUCUUCUUCACACCAGAGACUCUUGGCAGCACACUACCAGACACCUUUGAGCAAGCUGAAGAAAUCGGUAACAAAAAGAAAACCGUUUUAUGAACAGAUUUAGGACUUAAACUUGCAUAAGUAAUGAAAUCUCGUAUUACUUUUAGGAUAUACAUAGGUUAACUAGCUUAUAGUAUUAUGUAUGUAAAUGUGAAUCAAGCAUUCGUCUGAAAUAAAUUACUGUUAUGUUUU